GAAGCACGCCCGAGUCCCUUUAAAAGUACUGUACGUGCAAAGAUGGCAGCUCGGGUCGACCUGCUCCGUGCGAAAGUGGAAGAAGAGCGACUGAGGGAGAGUCUGGACCGGUUCAUCCAGGAGAGGAAGAAGAAGAAGAGCAGGGAGCUGUCGCCGCCGGCUGACAAGCGGGAGAGGUGUGAGAAGGAGGCGAAGAAAGUGAAGCUCCAUCACCACCACCACCACCAACACCACCAGCACCAACACGCCGAGCACCGGGCGCACCAGCUGCAGCAGAACCCCAAAGCCCACAACUUCAGCGCAGGUAAACAUGUCCUGCACAGCCACAAACACAGCCACCACCACCACCACCACCAUCACCACCACCACAGCAUCAGCAACGGUGCGAAGAAGAGCCUGCAGCCGACUCUGCCUCCUCCACCACUACCACCACCACCACCUCCUCCUCCUCCUCCUCCUCCUCCUCCUCCUCCUCAGCGGAAGGUACCAGAGCAGCUGCAGAAGAAGCGAGCGGUGCCUCCGGAGCCUCCUGCGCUCUUCACUUUCACGCCUCUCAAGAUGGUCAAGGCCAAAGUUCAGGAGUUCAAGGAGAAGCACCGCGAGAAAGACGUGAAGCUGAAGCUGAAGAAGGAGAACACCGAGGCGAACGUGAAGCACGCUGAGCUGAAGAAAAACAAGGAGCCAAGGCCCCUCAAUGAGAACAUCAAGUCUCUGUCACUGGAGGAAUAUCUCCUGAAGAAGAAGAAGAAGAAGAAGAAGCACCGCGAGGAAGAGCACGGCGCCAAGAAGGUCCGGUACCUGCACAACAAGGCGGUCCAGACUGUGUGUGCGGGACUUGGAGCGGAUCUGUCUCUGCCCGUUUCCCCUGAUGCGUCUCUGCCGGCCGCCGUGAAGCAGGAGAGCAGCCGGCAGCCCGUCAGAGACACCAUCGACAACCACCUACCCUACCUCCACGCUCUCAAACUGGGCCACGUCCCAUUCCUCUCCCACCAAGACCACUCCAUCCGGAGCACCUGCCUCCAGACGGGCACCUGGUACGGACGCUUCAUGCACGAGGAACGGCAAGCCAACGGCGGGGGGACGGUUCUGCACGCCUACGCCGAUGAGUUGGCUUGUCUGAGCCCGGCUGAGAUGGAGUGCUUCGCCCAGGAGUUUCUAGAGCUGGCGUUCGCCGAGAAGCCUCGGGGCGCAGCCUCCUAUGCCCUGGCAGUGGUGCACAGCGCGGCCUCCUACCUGCCCGACUUCCUGGACUACUUCGCCUUCAACUUCCCCAACACGCCGGUCAAAAUGGAGAUGCUGGGCAAGAAAGACAUUGAGACAACCACUAUUGCCAACUUUCACUCUCAGGUGAGUCGGACUUACUGUUCAGGAACGUACCGGUCCGGACCCAUGAGGCAGAUCAGCUUGGUGGGAGCCGUGGACGAGGAAGUCGGAGAUUAUUUCCCAGAAUUCCUCGACAUGCUGGAAGAGUCGCCCUUUCUCAAGAUGACCCUGCCGUGGGGAAGCCUCUCCAGUCUGAAGCUGGACUGUCGCUCUCAGAGUGACGAUGGGCCCAUCAUGUGGGUGCGACCCGGAGAGCAAAUGGUUCCCACCGCUGACAUGCCCAAGUCGCCCUUCAAAAGACGCAGGUCCAUGAAUGAGAUCAAAAAUCUACACUACCUGCCGAGGGCCAGUGAACCCAGAGAGGUUCUCUUCGAGGACCGGACUAAGGCCCAUGCUGACCAUGUAGGCCAGAGUUUCGACUGGCAGAGCACUGCUGCUGUGGGGGUGCUGAAGGCUGUGCACUUUGGAGAAUGGACUAACCGACCUCGGAUAACCAAAGACGUAGUCUGUUUCCAAGCUGGAGACUUCAAUGAAGUGGUCCAGAGUCUGCAGCUGGAUCUGUACGAGCCUCCCGUGUCUCAGUGUGUCCAGUGGGUGGACGAUGCAAAGCUCAACCAGCUGAGGAGGGAAGGCAUCCGCUACGUCCGCGUCCAGCUCUGCGACGACGACAUCUACUUCAUCCCGAGGAACGUCAUCCACCAGUUUAAGACGGUGUCGGCAGUCUGCAGCCUGGCCUGGCACAUCCGCCUCAAGCAGUACCACCCGGAGGAGAAGGACAAGGAGGAGGAGCAGCGGCCCAAUGACCUCAGUCCCACAUCGGGCCGAGUCUCUUUUUCCUCCCCCGCCCGGCCCGACGCCACCGUCACCCCCUGUGCACGGCCUCAGGGAGACAACGCUCACGGCGGGGUGGCCAAGACUGAGGAACCGGAGUUCCAGAGGCCGGCAACACCUCCUAAAGAGCCUCAGCCGGCCCCUCCACAGCCAACCAAAUCUGCUCACCCGCCCCCGACAUACCAGGGUUCACACCUUUCGUUGGAACCAGUCCACUCCGGAUGUAGACCCUCAAAAGAGCCCGCUCUUCCAAAAGGUGUCGGCCACACGGCGAAGUUCCCUAAAUGACACAUUCUCGCGUGUAUGUGUGUUUUGUUUAAAACUGACAUCUGUGUCAAUCAGGAAGCCUUUUAAAUUUAACUGCUGGUAAAAAAAAAAAAAAUGUCCAUCAGUGUGUUUUGGGUUUUUUUUCCAGCCAAAGGACAGUUUAAUGGGUCUAUGUAACACAUUUUGACAGCACGUAAACUGGAACUCUCUACUGUCUCAUUCAUCCAGAAGGUGUGUACCAUGUUAAAGAAACUAUGAUUCUAAAAGUAGUAUUUUAUAAGUUGCCAUACUGACUGUAGGGAAAUGUUAAAUUCACGCUGAAGGCUCAGCUGUUUCGUUUGUUUGGGCAGAAUGAUUUCAUGCAGGAUGGAAGUCUGUGGCGGCUGAUGGAACGAUUGUUGACAUACACUCAAUAUUUGAUUUAUUCUGGAAGCUCGAUACCGACAUUAUACUGUCUUGUUCAUUUCAGUGACUGAGGCGUGUAGACGUAACUCUGUCCACGAGAUACAGUCGGCUCACUUUCACAGAUUGAGGACAUUGUCAGUGGUCAGCAGAGCUGCGCUUUUGCCGUUUUUUUGACUCAGAAGCUCGGAACAUGUUGGAUAUAAUUCCUGGGCUGGUCACCGUAAACAUGGGAUUGGUAAAAUGAGGGAGCGUUUGUUUUAGACUUUAGGCGUACGUGAUUAUCUGAGUAAACUACAAGCACCUAAAACUUUUCUUUUCAGCGUCAUACGUUGCAGUCUGUGCGAUUCUUUAUUUGAAUUUUAUACGGCGCCCUGUUUCUUACUGUAGAUACUCUUUUUGAUAUUUAAUUUAUUUUCUUAAGAUUGAGUGCAGGUUCAUUAACCAGUGAUGGAUAUUUAAGAUUAUUAUUAUUAUUAUUAUUAUUAUAUGUAGUCACAGGGGCGCCUUUUUUAAAUGACGAAGGGAUUAGCAGCUAUUGCAUUGACCAAUAAUUGUCUGAAUCUCCGCUGCAGGUGUGGAGGAACGUCUGCAGAAGUUAGUGUGUAAAUAUUUUGCCGUUGUAGCCGGGGAGCAGCGAACGCUGUCCACGCACUUGAGUCCAUUUGUUUUGAUUCAUCCUCACCUUUUAGUUUUUAGCAGGUAACGUCACUGGGUCGAUGAAGGCACUGUCGCAGUGGGUUACUGAGUGUCAUUGUGCAGCUUUACUACAUUGCAAACGGCUGAUCUGUUCCCCAGCGGAAGUGAAUCCCCCCUUUUUCACUUUCUAAAUGGCCUGUCCUUAAAUAUCUUGCACUCGGUCGAGGCCUUCAUUCAGUUUGUCUUCUACAGGCGGUCUUCUGUAAAGGAAGCGAUGAGGAGAUACUGCCUUUGCUCUUCCACUGACUCCGUCUUAGUGCCUUGUACUGUAUCUGGUUAGCCUCGUUUUAAAACUGUGAGGUUUAGCUGUUGAUGAGUAGGAUAGUAAAAUGGGGAUCGGCCUAACAGCCAAAGUGUAUCUUGUUCUUUUUGUUUUUAAUUUAAAUAUAAAUAUAUAUAUAUAUAUAAAAAAAAAACUGUUAUUCACAUGAUUCUUUGUAAUUUCUACAUCUGCAUGUCACCUGGAAGCAAACAAUUACUACAUGACAGUGUCGGUGGAAAGGUUGUGUUUCUAGAUCAUGCUAGAUCCUAAUCAGGAAGUGGUCUGGUUAUUUUUGUCAUAUAUCUGGCUGUCAUAGAGUCUCGACUUCUAGCUUAAUGUAGAAAUAAACUGACAGUGGACGCUGUCACAUCAGCC